AAUAUUUUGGGGUUUUGGACUGUUGGUCACAAAAGUCAUUUGAAAUUGUGAAUGGUAUUUUUAUGCCAAUUAUUUUCUCAAUUGAAUCCUUUUGUUUAUAAAAUGCUAGAAAAUUGUAAAAAAAAAAGAUCAAAAAGCCAGCCCAGAUGAUGCCUUUCGAUUGCUUUAUUUGUCAGUUUACUAUCAUGUAAUACAAAGAAAAGCAUCAAAUCUCCACAAUUAAGAAGCUGGAAGCAAUUUAUGUUUGCUUCUAGCUUCUUAAUGCAUGCUUCGCAGAAGAAAAAAAAAAGUAUGAAUAAUCAAUUAUCAAAAUCAUUGUAGAUUAAUUUGUUAUUAAUCAAUGAAAUGAUUCAGCUGCUCUAGCUGCAACAACGGCCACCAUUCAACACUGGUAACAGAGCAGUGACCGGGACACGAACUUGUUGUGGCUCUAAUGCGUUAUAUCUCGCUGUUUUAAAUAAGUGGGGGAUAUCUUGCAUUUUAACAAAUCCUACAAUGUCAGGUCUCAGAUUAAAUCAGGAUAGUGAUCCUCUUCAGAAGCAUUACAUCGAUUAUUAUCCACUUUCAAGGCACGAUCAGAUGCAAGAUCCCCAUCAAACCCAGUGCACCCCUUGUGUCCUGUGUGAAUUUAGAGGAUCAAACCACUUCAGGGUCUUUUAGGUUCAACCAGAAACGGGCGGCAAACUCUUACAUGCUUUGCAACACAUUUCACCCCUGAUGACUAUCAGGAACUGGCAGUCAGUCCAUUCAUACUGCUGCAAGGUAAAUGGCAACAGAGCAUCGCAACAGCAUCGAUUGGUUUUGUCUUUCACAGGCUAUAAGUUGUGAACAACAAGAGCCAGCAGGGAUCAUUUGUUUUUGUCCAGUUUUAACCAACAGUGGAGACUGAAUUCUCGCCUUGUAGAAGAGGAUAAAAAAGGUCUAUGAUGGGCCUGUAGGAUUGUGUUCCACAGCAUCAGCACCAUUAUUGCAAAAGGCCUUUAUGGUUAUAUUUCAUAUCUCAGAUGAAAGCACUUCUAAUAUAAAAAAUGGGAGACUGGAACUUCCUCGGAGGCAUCUUGGAGGAGGUGCAUAUCCACUCCACCAUGGUCGGCAAGAUCUGGUUGACCAUCCUGUUCAUAUUCCGGAUGUUGGUGCUGGGCGUCGCAGCCGAGGACGUGUGGAACGACGAGCAGUCAGACUUCAUCUGCAACACAGACCAGCCCGGCUGCCGCAACGUCUGCUACGACCAGGCCUUCCCCAUCUCCCUCAUCCGCUACUGGGUGCUGCAGGUGAUCUUUGUGUCCUCGCCCUCCCUGGUGUACAUGGGUCACGCUAUCUACCAGCUGCGAGCCCUGGAGAAGGAGCGCCACUGCAAGAAGGUGGCUCUCCGUCGGGAGCUGGAGGCGGUGGACGCUGAGCUGGUGGAGGUGCGGAAGAGGAUUGAAAAGGAGAUGAAGCAGCUGGAGCAGGGGAAGCUCAACAAAGCGCCACUGAGGGGCUCUCUGCUGUGUACUUAUGUGGUUCACAUCAUGACUCGCUCACUGGUGGAGGUCAGCUUCAUGGUGUGUCAGUACAUCCUCUAUGGACACCGCCUGAACCCUCUCUACAAGUGCGAGAGGGAGCCGUGCCCAAAUGUGGUCGACUGCUUCGUCUCCAGGCCCACUGAGAAAACGGUUUUCAUGGUCUUCAUGCAAGUGAUUGCCUGCAUCUCCCUCUUUCUCAGCAUUCUUGAGAUCCUGCACCUGGGAUACAAGAAGAUUAAGAAAGGCAUCCUGGACUUCUACCCCCAUCUGAAGGCCGAUCUCGACGAUUAUUACGUCGACAAGUCACAAAAGAACUCAGUUGUGCAUCAGGUUUGCAUAGGCACAUCUGCUGGUCGCAAGACUACAAUUCCCACUGCACCAUGUGGAUACACAUUACUGUUGGAGAAGCAGGGCAACGGACCUACCUACCCUCUUCUUAAUGCCUCCUCUGCAUUUGUCCCAAUAAAAGGGGACCCUGGUGCAAAGCCAGACAGCCACAAGGACGGCAAGGAGCGCGUGGCGAGCCCCACAGAGCAAAACAGCAACUCCAACAACACAAGCAGCGAGACACGUUCUCCUCCUGCAGACAAACAGGAUGAGCCAGAGGAACAAUCUUCACCCCAUCAUGAGGACAUGGAGUGUCCCAGCUCGGAGUACCCCACCCUCCCUGUAGCAGACACCUCCUCCUGCACAACUCUGUCAGGCAUUGUGAGGAAGUCCCGGAGGGUGAGUCCACCGUGGAACUGCUCCACUCUGGUAGAGGGGAACGGCUCGGACAGUGGAGAUUCCUACCACAGGAACAACAGCGUGAAGCCACGUGGCAGCUGCGUCGGUCCCCGAGCAAGACGGCUCUCUAAAUCAGACAUUAAGAGACCGAUCAGGUCUCAGAGCCCGGACUCGGCAGGGGAGCUGAGCUCAGUAUCUCGACACAGCCGGGAGAGUAACAGCCCCGUCGCCUCCCCUCCAAACCGCAGAGUGUCACAGGUGAGCAGCUCAGGCAGCAGAAGAGCUCCAACUGAUCUGCAGAUAUAAACAACAGACUGUAUGCCCAUGCCAUGUUUGGGUGCAAGUUAUGGGAACACUAAGUCACUGCACUUUUCACACAUUUAAAGUUCUUUAAAAAACACGCACAAAAGGCAUUUGUUAAUUGUUACCAAACCAAAAGGUCCAAUGAACUGGCAUGUUCAGAUGAGUUUUAUUCACUGGGCAGUGGAGACAGAAGCUCACAAGAAGUUGUAGGACAGAAUAGUCCUACUAUUUUACUGAAAUAUUGAAAAAAGGUCCUUUGAUUAGGUAAGGUGUGAAUUAUUGCUGGAGCCAACUUGGGCUCUGAGCAAAAGGUAUCCCUGACCAAAGUGAAAGGCACAGUAGAAAUGUCACACAGAACAGCAGGAGUUUGAUCAGUCAACAGGAAAGAGAAUAUUACCGUAGGAUAAAAUUAAACUCAAACUCUUAGGUAAUUUAUUUCUUCUAUAAACCAAAGAACUUUUUCCAAUCAUAUUUAAAUCUGCAAUCUAACAUUCUUCUCAGAUUUUAACAGGUGGUGGUCAGACCACAAAGGACGGUUUUGUUUGCGUACAUUAACAGGUCUGUUACAGAGACUCAGAUAGACAUUUUAUGAUUUGAGUGUAUACAGCAGCUCUAUCUGAAUGAUUAGAGGGUAAUGGAAAACUGAACCACAAAUCUAUAAUGCAGUUUCAGGUCACAACAUGCUGUUACGCAACCAGAUACUUUUAAAUCAGUGACCUGCCUGAAUUCAUUCAUCCCCCAUUUAACAUGUCAGAGAUCUUCAGUAAGAAUAUUUAACAAUUAUUCUAAAUGUCUGUCACAAUGGGAAAUGAGUGCUAAAUAUCUUGGAGUUGUUAUUGUGACCAAAAUGAUGUUAUGGUGUCAUUUAUCAUACUUUAAUUUCCUUUCAGAAAACAACUCUGAAUUAUUGCUUUUGUAUGACAACUUUUUACUCAGUUAUGUAGUUGAUAUCAAUUAAAAUAUCUUAGAAAAAAUUAAAGGCCAUUCUAAAAAAAAAUUGUGUAUGUAAGCAGAAGCCUUUGGUUGGAAACAGGAACAAUUGUGAAUUUAGGACAUCAAGUGAAUUACUGAUGCCAAAUGCUGAAAAAACAUUUAUUUAUGACAAAGGAAAAGUUGCUUCUUGUUACAACAAAAAUAACAGUGAUUUUGUGAUUAUGCAAUAAACAUUUAAAUAUUCUCCAAAAA